AUGCUCGAUGAAGAUCAAAUUCUUUCCGAGUUGACAGAGUUAAUGAUUCCAAAGGCGUCAGUGAAGCAAUUGACCGAAGAAUUUGCUUUCCAAUUAGAAGAAAGAUUAAUGAAGAGCCACGAAUCAAUGUUACCUUCAAAUUUAUCAUAUACGGGGGUCGUUGCUGAAGACAGAUCAAAAUUCUAUAAAUUGCCUUACAAUCAUAAUAAAAUUUUGUCUGUUGAUUUCGGUGGUACCACUUUGAAAUUUGCCAUCAUUAAGACAUAUCCAAUUGCAUCCAUAUUGUAUAUUGAAGAGUUUGAAAUAAAUGAAAACAAAAUAGUAAAUCUAAAUUUUUUCAAAAUUAUUAUCGAAAGGAUCCUUUUGAGAUUGACUAGCUUAAACUAUGGGAACGUCAACGACUCCAAUUGUCAUAAUAAUACCAAUUUGCUAUUCAACUAUUUCUUCGACAAUGACAUCAUAAACAACAAAUUAUUAAAUAUUCCUGUGACAAUAACUUUCAGUUUCCCCAUCAAUUCCGAUUUUAAGAUAACAUCAAUGGGGAAAGGCUAUCAAUUAACUGACGAAAUAAAAUCUAUGAAUAUUGUAGAAUUAUUUCAAAAUUUGUUUGACUUUUAUACAGAAAAGUUUCAAGUUCAUAACACUUUCAAAUUUUCUGUGGAUAAUAAUAUUAUUAAUGAUUCCAUUGCAGUCCAUUUUGCAAAUAAACUAGCUAAAAAGGAAAACAAUAGAUCUAGUGAGAAGUUAAUUUCAUUAAUCUUAGGUACAGGUAUCAAUAGUUGUUUCGAAUUGCCAAUAAAGAAGUUACCAGCCUUCAAACAAGAACAAAUAAUAAGUAAAUUUUCCGAGUACCUUGAUACGGAUAUGAAAACUAUAGAUGAAGAUAACAUAAAUGUCAUAUUAAAUUCUGAAGUUGGUUUUCUGGGCAAAGAUAUUGUAAAUUUAACUAACUUCGACUAUCAACAGGGUAAAAAUGAAUUAUUUAUGCCGCUUGAAUUUACUACUUCGGGGAAUUAUGUACCAAAGAUACUGAAAAAAAUAUUGGUUCACUAUAAUAUUCUCCCAAUUGAUGAAUUAGAGAAAAUCGAUGGGAAAUUCAUAACGAAUGAGCUUUCAAAAAAUUUUGAUGGUAUAAUAGCAAAGAUUUGUCAAAUUCUCAUUAAAAGAGCCUCAAUUUACAUUGUCUCAGUCAUAUUUGCUAUUGAAUCAAUGAUUAAUGAUCAUACACGUAUAAUUAAUGUUGGUUACAUUGGGUCAUUUUUACAAUUUUGUCAAUUUUACCAAGAAGAGAUUGUAAGAGUCUCUAACGGAUUGGUUAGAUUGAACUUUUUGAGAAAUAGUAGUAUCAUUGGUUCAUCGAUUGCAAAUAUUGUAUAA